ACCCUCGAUGAGCUGGUGAGCCGGUCGACUGCUGCUGCUGCUGAUACUGCUGCAGGAGAGGAUUCCUAUCUGAUGCUGGGAUAGUCACAAAUACUACAGCAGAGAGAGGCGAAGAAAGCUAGAGGUUUCUGCUAACCUUCCUGGGUUCCUCGCUUUGUUUUUACGAGCACCGAGGAGGAAAAAGACUCUUCAGGUGUGAAAAGGAACUCUGAGAGAGGAGGCGCGCUUGGCUGGACUGCACUAGGGGCGAAGUCGGAUCAGGUAUUUAGCUACCGCUGUUGAGCUUUAUUAUGGAAACCAGAUGUGGAGAAGCAGUGGCCUUGCUGGGAGUGAACGAGAUGCCGUGUCGAGGCUAGAGGCAGCGGUGGACUGUUCCCGAGUCAGUGGAAAGCCCCUCUAGAUGAGCCAGUCACAGCCACCCAGCUGCACGGUAAAGGAAUAAGGAUUUAAUAUGUCAACAGAGGCCGAGCUCCAGCCUGCUGCCAGACCCAGCGUCAGAAAGGAUUCCAAGAAGAGAGGGCAGGACCGCAGUGAAGCAGCUCUGAUAAAGCGUUUUAAGGGGGAUGGUGUUCGCUACAAGGCCAAGCUCAUCGGGAUAGAUGAGGUCACUGCCGCAAGAGGAGACAAACUCUGUCAGGACUCAAUGAUGAAACUCAAGGGAAUCGCAGCCUCUGCGCGGUCUAAAGGAGAACACAAACAGAAAGUUUUUCUCACUGUGUCCUUUGGAGGGAUCAAGAUCUUCGAUGAGAAGUCGGGGGUUCUUCAGCAUCACCAUGCAGUUCAUGAGAUUUCCUACAUUGCGAAGGAUAUCACGGACCACCGAGCCUUUGGUUAUGUAUGUGGGAAAGAGGGAAACCAUCGGUUUGUGGCCAUCAAAACGGCUCAGUCUGCUGAGCCUGUGAUCCUUGACCUCCGUGACCUUUUCCAGUUGAUUUAUGAGAUUAAGCAGAGGGAGGAAAUCGAGAAGAAGGCUCAGAAGGACAAGCAGUGUGAACAAGCUGUUUAUCAGACCAUUUUGGAGGAAGAUGUGGAGGAUCCCGUAUAUCAGUACAUUGUAUUUGAGGCGGGACACGAGCCCAUCCGUGACCAAUCAGAGGAGAGCAUAUAUCAGGUCCCUACCAGCCAACAAAAGGAGGGAGUUUAUGACGUCCCAAAGCGACAUCCAAACAAACAUAACGAACGAGUCGAUCUCUUGGAUUUAGACACUGACCUGUUGCUGGUCACCCAGAAUAUCAACCAGUUAGAGCUUUUCGGAGACAUGUCCACCCCUCCUGAUAUCACAUCUCCCUCGACCCCAGCAUCUCCGGCUAAUACUCUGGACCCCACGCUGGCCCACCAGACUCCAUCCGAACUGUUUACCCCCUUCAACCCCGCCUCUGUACCCUCAGGUUACGUGACGAUGGGAGCCGUGCCGCCUGCGUGGGCGCAGCAACAGUUCGCCGCUCAGGCUCCAUUAGCGUUUGGCGUCCAGUCCCCAGUGCCCGUCGCGCAGGUCUUACCGGGCGCUCAGCCUCUGAUCUGGGGUCAAGCCAACCUUUUCCCUGCCACCCAGCAACAGUGGGCUGCAAUGGCAGGGGCUCACUUUUCGCCUGCCGCUUUCAUGCCUGCCCAGACAGUAGGGCCGCUUCCUGCUGCCAUGUUUCAGACACUGGCUCCCAUGGCAGUGCCCGCGUCCUGCGAGACGCCCGCGGCGGCAAUGGGCGGAGCCGUGGCGGGAACCUCGGCCUCCACGGCCUCCAGUCCGCAGCACGGAGAACGCACGCUGCAGAGACAGGCAAAGAUGAGCAAGGAGAUGUUUAAGGACUUCCAGAUGGCGAAGCCGCCCACCAUGCCCGCCAGGAAGAGCGAGCAGCCUAGCCUGACCUGCACCACAGACGCUUUCACCAGCUACUUCAGCAGAGUGGGAAUGGCGCAGGACACGGACGACUGUGACGACUUUGACAUCUCGCAGAUGAACCUCACGCCCGUCACUUCCACCACACCCUCCACCAACUCACCACCUACCCCGGCCCCCCGGCAGAGUUCUCCAUCUAAAUCCUCAUCCCACGCCAGUGACCCGCCGACCGAUGACUCUUUUGGUGAGGCCGAGGGCAGCCCUAGUCGGAGCGGAGAGGAGGAUGCUGCUGGAGACUCCCAGCAGUCUCCGGGUGCGAGUGAGCCUCAAGCAGAGCCUGAGAGCUCAGAGACGGACAGUCCUCAGGGGAAGGACCCUCUUUAUGCCCAGAUCAACAAGGGGAAAGUGAAGGAUCAUGGGAACUCUGCACAGACGUGAUCAGCGCUGGGGGGAGCAGGAGACCAAAAUACUGGAGAUCAACUGUCUGCCCUGUGUGUGUGUGUGUGUGUGUGUGUGUGUGUGUGUGUGCAUCCAUCCGCGUGUAUGCGCCGUGAGAUUGCGUGCCCGUAUGUGUUUGUAUGAAUGCGGUCACUCCAGCCUCAACGGUCCACUUCUCCAAGCAGCCAUCUCUCUAGAGUCAGUCCCGUCGCCCUCACGACUUCCUCCGUUACUCCCCUCCGCAAGGAACGAGAGGGACAGACUCUCUCCAUACCACUUUGUUUCUUUCUCACUGUGUUUUCUGCACAUGACAGCGGGGCAUUGUGGGUGAUAUCAAGCCUUAUAAGCCCAGCUCUGCAGCUUCAUUCAUUCUCUUCGUCCUACUUCCAGUUUCUGACUCUUUAUAGAGACCGCAUUACAUUUUCUCACAAGAGAGGUGCCUGCCGGACCCCCGCCUGAGCGCCAUAAGACCGCCGGAUCCAUCUGUGACUUACGCGAUUCAUCCAUUUGGGUUCGUUUGGUUUUUCCUCUCCCACGUAUUUGAGAUUCUGCUGCUAGAAAGCUAUGCAGAGCUAAAAAAAAACAACAACAACAACACACUUUCUCUCUCGGUGGACCCUUGGAGAACAGACACGAGGAGCGACUUUUGCCAAAUCUUAAGAUUUCGGAGCAGCUGAAUCUGAUCGGGGGGGACUCGAGGGUACGGACGUUGCAAAAACAUGCGAUGGAACUGUUCCUUCUCUAUAGCUUUUGUACAAUACUAAUGAGAAAAAACGAAACAAAAACAUGACGUUGAAAUGGAAUUUUUAUUUUAUAAGUCAAGUGGAGCCCUUGAAGUCAACUUUAGAUGUGUUUUAGGGGUAAACAUGGCUUUAAAAUCUGAUCGUUGGUUUGCCAAACUCAUUUUGUAAAUAAUAAUAAUAAUUAUUAUUAUUGAUAAUAAUAAUGACGAUGAUGACGACAAAUAAUAAUGACGAUAAUAAUAAUGGUUUCGAUCAUAACAGUGUUCAUUCCAUCCUGUGGACUUCCGUGCCAUAAAAUAGGCUGGCCUUAGUGAUGCAAACUCCUCAUAAAACCCAAGCAAUAUUAACAUGUGUCCCAAACUCCCAGCGGUUUACGUUGCUUUCUCGCGAUCAAAGCUUGUCGUCGGUCUUUUUUGGUUUUAGCAGGAUGUGUGUUUUUAAGUGGCCUGAAACAAACCCGAGAGACUGUUAUUAUGUUUUUAAUAGAAGAAAGGGUCCAUUGGUUAAUAGUUGGUGUCAUAUUUGUGUGGUCUCUUUUGGUUUGUCUUCAAUAUGAUGAAGCUGGUAACUGUGAUGGAGGAAGACCAGAGCUUCUCAACGUGUGUGUGUGUGUGUGUGUGGUAAUGCAGCAAUCACAAAUACGCAUGUACACGAUCACAUACAUGUUCAUGCAGACACACAUUCACAGAGACCUUAAAGUCAAUAUGACAUCAAAAUGGGCCCUGUUUGUUUUUUAAUACACCUUUCUGCACUUAUCGGUGCAUGUUAGUCCAAAGAAGAAGAAAAAUGUCGUCUUAUUAAACUUCCAUUUUGAUUAACAUAAGCAGAAAUUUGAAACUAGCUCCAAUCUGACACGUAACGCCCUCUUUUUUACAAAUCAUGCAAUUUACAAGUCCUGCCCUGAUGGAUGUGUCCAGUUGAAUAUGUCACAAUAAGACAAAAAUGGGUUUGCGAAGAUCGUUUCAUGUUGACUUUUGGGCCGUCUGAUCACAUUGAAACACACCGGAAUCUGUCUGUAAUCAACCUCCAAUCAGAGAAAAUCACCACGAGCAACAUCUGUUUUCAUCGCAUCUAAAGCUCAGAGCAUUCCAUUACUGUGACGACAACUUCCUCCUAUUUUAUGGCCAGAGUCCAAUUUUAAUUUCAAAUAAAAGCAGUUUGGACCUUUGAGAUCUAAAUUUCGAGGAUUAAGAUGACGAAGGUGAAAAUCAAGGUGAAUGGGAGUCCAAUUUCAGUACGUUUCUAUUUUGCCUUUACCUCAGCUAAUGGUUUGGUAAUGUAAAAGGACACAUUAUUUUUAUCUUGAUGAUAAUGAUAUUCUACAGUGGAUUUUUAGAGCAUUUUUUUUUCUUUUCUCUUGAUUUACGUAACCCACCAUGUAAUACUGUUACCAAUAAACACAUCCCAAAAUGUU